UAUAGUGUUUUCCUUGACUCAUGAGUCAGUUUUAAAAAUAAACUGGAUUUUAAUUGGGUCUGGAAUUCAAAAACAAUGUUAGGCAAUUUGGGGGACUCAAAUUUAAACGAAUAAAUUGAUUUGGACUACAAAAUUCUUGGGUAAUGUUAAGCGCUGUUUACUAAACCGAACCAUGGAAAACUUGCGGUCGCAGGAUGAGCAAACGACGAGGACCUCUCCUCCGCUUGCAAUGAGGGUCAUCCACCUGGACCUCAACGAGGAGGAGAGUCGCCGUCACAUGGCUGCCAGUAAAUAUGGUGGCAUCUGCUUCCACGUGGGCAUAGCGGCCAUGCUCUGUUUGCUGGUAGUUGUGCUGUUUUGUUCGGCGCCCAUUGGUGAAAGUGAUUCUUUUCGUUCGUCCGAGGAGCGGUAUGCCCGGCAACGGCAGGCUUAUUUAAAUAAGGAGCGACGUCAGCGUAUGGGCGGCGAAAUCGUCUUAAGUCCGUUGGAGGAGGAAGCCAGUAGUCGGCUGAUGGCCAUCAAGCAAGUGGAUGAAGAAGUGCAUCACUUAUGGCGGAACUUCCACUCCCAACCGCCACCGCUUCUCAGCCAUCUCAACAUCAGCGAUACGAAUCUCUAUGCGGCGCUGAAGAGCAUGCCAAAAGGUGGACUCCUCCACGUCCACGAUUCGGGUAUGCUGCGCACGGACAUCCUGAUCGAUCUGACAUACCGCGAUAAUCUGUGGGUCUGUGUAAACUUGGAUCAGGACUUCGAGGACUUUCGCUUCUCCAGAAAUUUUCCCCACAUUCCGCCUACGCAGGAUUACCAAUGCAAUUGGAUGCUGAUGAGCAACUUCUACGAGUUCGAGACGCUUGACGUUUUCAAGGACAGAAUGCGGAAAAGUUUUACUGUCCGGCCGGAAGGUUACGAAAGUUCCGCUGAGAUGGCAAGGCAUUUGAGACGCCAACAGCGCCUCAUCUACGGAUUGAUCGCAUUUCGGCCAAUCUGGAGCGAUUUCAUAUUCAGCAUGCUGCACGAUUUCUACACCGAUGGGGUGCAAUAUGUGGAGUUGCGUUCCUCAUUGCCAAUCAUGUACGAUCUGGAUGGCAAAAACUCCACAAUUUUGGAGACGGCAGAGGCCAUUGUUUCGGUUUCAAAUAUUUUCAAGGAUUCUUACAAAGAUUUCUACGGAGUGAAGCUGAUCUAUACUCCUUCCAGGGACCUUAAUGACAGUCGCAUGGACGAUUAUUUAGCCAAUGCGCGUCUGCUAAAGUUGCAUUAUCCCAAUUUCUUUGCUGGCUUUGAUCUGAAUACCUUUGGUGACGAGUGCAAUUUACCGCUUUUGGGCCAGGUCACUCAACUUCUGAGGAUCAACAAGGAUAUUGACUUCUAUUUCCAUGCGGGAGAGUCGCAAUGUCCGAACAGCUUAAGACCGGAUGCGAAUCUUUUGGAUGCCCUUUUGCUGGGCAGCAAACGGAUAGGAAACUCCGUGAAUCUGCCCUUCCAUCCGGAGAUUAUGAAAGGAAUGCAAAGCCUUAAAGUGGCCGUGGAGAUCUGUCCGCUGUCCAAUCAUUAUCUCCAGUACUUGAAUGAUUUCCGGCAACAUCCGGUGGCUUAUUUGAUUGCCGCCGGCUUUCCCAUUGUGAUUGGCUCAGAUUAUCCGUACUUUUGGAAUUCCGCCCCUCUGACCGACGACUUCUAUAUGGCCUUCGUGGGCUUGGUCAGUGGGUGGGGCAAUCUGCGCCUCCUCAAGCAGUUCGCCAUGAACUCGUUUUUGUAUAGUUCCCUCAGCGAAACGGAGAGGAAUGUGGCCGUAACCAAGUGGCGAUGCAACUGGAACCGGUGGGUCAGCAAACUUCGUGAACAUUAGUAGGGAUUCAGAUGCCAAUAAGUAAUGAUUGUCUAGAAGAGUUUAUAAAUUUGUAGUUUUUUUGGGUAUAGCAAAAAAUAAAUGGACCUUAACGGGGGUAAAAAGAGAAAUGUU